GGUGACACGUGGUUAUGUUACCGAGUACGUAUCCGGCUGCCUCCCGUUGACACAGUCCCGACAUUCGACGAAUGAUAACUGGGCCGUACCUCGAAUCAGAUUUGACAUAGUAAAAGCUGAUAGUCUCACGGUUAUUGCAGUCGCUAGACGAUGUCCAACGUUAAGGUCGCUGGUACGCGCGGAGGUUCCGUCAGGAACGAUGACAGGAGUCGCGAGUCAAGGCGCAGAGGUAACUACCAGCACAAGUCCGGCGGAAGAGGUUUCAAACGCCCGUUCGACCGGUCCCCGCGAGAAAACGCGAAGAGAAACAAGCCCGACGUCGGCAGCAGACUGAAGGAAUCUGACAUAGGAAUCACGGAGUACAUCGGCGAUCACUCCGGCUUUUUCGCGAUAAUCAAAGAGAGGUACAAUGACUUUCAUGUAAACGAGAUAGAUCUUGACGGACAGAUAGCUAAGCUGACUUGUCAAAACAUCCCGCGCGAUCCCUGUAACGACGAGAAUAUCGAGGAUCUAAAAACGUUGGUGCCGCCAGCGAUUUGGGACCAGCUACAAGUCCUGGGAAAGGAGAAUCCUUCGAGCGUGGAAAUCGAUGUGACCAAUGUCGAUAAAGUCGCACGCAGAACAAUUCAUACGAUUGCCAAGAAAUUAGCUAAUGUCGUCAGUCAGACAGUCGACAAAGGUGAUAGAAAGUUCCUCACAAUUGUGCCAAAUGCCGAAAGAGAUAAAAAUGUUCACAAGACGCGCAAGGACAAGAGAAUAGAUUGGAGCAGAUGCGGUGGGGAGUACUGUCACUUUCUGCUGCACAAGGUGAACAUGGACACGAUGGGCAUCGUGAAUCAGUUGGCUGCGAACUUGCGGUUACAGCCGAAUAACUUUUGCUAUGCCGGCACAAAAGACCGACGUGCCUGGACGACUCAGUGGAUGAGUCUGCGAAAGGUAGAGCCACAGAUGAUAUUGAGGAGGAGCAAAAGUAUACGCGGCGCGUACGUAGGAAACUUUAAGUACGCUAAUAAAAGCCUGAAACUAGGGAUGCUACGCGGCAAUCGAUUCAGGAUCGCACUAAGAAACGCUCGUGAGACGAAUGAGAAGAUCGAGCAAGCGAUGACAUCGUUGCGUGAUAACGGCUUCAUAAAUUAUUACGGUUUACAAAGAUUCGGCUCGGUAGCUACGAUACCCACGCACGAAAUCGGAAAGUGUCUGCUUCAGGGUAAAUGGCAUGAAGCGAUUGAAUUAAUUUUGAAACCACGGUCGGAAAACGACAAGGAAUUGACGGAGGCUAGACGAGUUUACGCGGAGACUAAGGAUGCCCGUGCUGCCUAUGCCAAGCUGAAGAGAACCGAUACUAUCGAGGCCAGACUUCUAAACGGCCUGCAAAUAUCGAGUGACAAAAAUCCUCAGGGCGCGCUCGACUCGAUCCCUCGAAACAUUCGAUUAAUGUAUAUCCAUGCCUAUCAAAGUUUCAUAUGGAAUCGUAUCGUCUCGAGAAGAAUAAAACAAUUCGGAACGAAUGUGAUCGUAGGCGAUUUAGUUUAUGAUAAACAGAAUUGCAAAGAGAUAAUAAAUAACGAAAGUACGGAUUAUUCCUUGAAUGACAAUGAUGACGUUAUAGAUAAAACCAAUACUACUUCUGUUGAAGAGAAAGAUACUGAUUCUAUGUCGAAUGAAACGAGUAAAGAAAACGUGGAACAAAAUGAUUUUCCAAUAGUGAAAAUUCUUACGGAAGAGGAUUUGUCGAAUUACACUCUGGCUGACGUGGUCAUGCCUCAGCCCGGAUGGAAAGUUACUUAUCCGCCGUACGCGAAGGCUUGGUUCGACGAGUUUUUAGCAGAGGAUGGAUUAACUACCGAUCUUAGACAGAACAAUAAAAAAUACAGCUUGAGUGGAGCCUACAGAAAUAUAUUAGAAGUUCCAACGAAUCUAACUUGGAAGAUUAUGCAUUAUGAAAACAAACAUGAUGACCUGAUUCUGUCAGAUAUCGACGAAAUGAAAAAAGUUACACCUCCACAAGAUAAACCAGAUGGAAAAUACAAAGCAUUGAUCAUAGAAAUGUGUCUAAAAUCUAGCAGUUACGCCACAAUGGCCCUGCGUGAAGUUUUAAAAAAUGAUACUUCAGCGGAAACGCAAGCCACAUUAUCCGCCGUACAGGAUGCGGAGAACACACAACUUGAUAUAAUUGCAGACGAAAGUGAUAAUAGAAACUUAACGGAAACUGAAAAAGAUAGUAUAGAGGAAAGUACUAUCAAUACCGUGAAGAAUAUCGAUGUAAAAACAAAUGAAGCAAUGAAGAUAGAUGAGAAUGUAUCAGAGACAUGUCAAAAUUCAUUGUAAAAUAUCUUUUGUAAAUGGUGCAUAUUGUUAUUAACAUUAUUCUCUUUUAUAAAUAAAUUCUGAAAAAUUG